GUGACUUAUGUGACUGUAUUACAAUCUAACCCCAAUCUCAAAUUCUGAGAUAAAAACCAAUCAUUUCUUUUGUGUGAAUUUAUAUAAGUAGACUAUAGAACUGCAUGUACAGUACAGACAGAUCUAUAAAAUAUCAUCAGUGGAGAGAUGGGUGGAGGUGGACAUCGGGGUGAGCAGCUGGGGUCAGGAGAAAAUGGUAUAUGUGCUCAGUAUACCUGGGAGGAAGUGCAGAAACACAUUCGCAGGGGUGAUCAGUGGCUGGUGAUCGAGAGAAAAGUGUACAAUGUGAGCGAGUGGACAAAGAGACAUCCUGGAGGACGCAGAAUCCUUGAGCACUAUGCUGGCGAGGAUGCAACGGAUGCGUUUGCAGCCUUCCAUCCGGAUCAGCGAUACGUGAGGAAGUUCAUGAAGCCACUGCUGCUGGGAGAGCUGACACCUUCAGAGCCCAGUCAAGACCACGGCAAAAAUGCUGCUUUAAUGGAAGAUUUCCGGGACUUGCGUAAGAGGUUGGAAUCACAGGGCUUGUUCCGCACCAGUCCACUCUUUUUUAUCCUAUAUCUUGGCCACAUUCUGCUCUUGGAGGCCCUGUCUGUGGCACUCCUUUGGAAUUUUGGCAAUGGCUGGAUAAUUUCACUUCUAUUAUCUGUCUUGCUGGCCACUUCACAGGCUCAGGCUGGAUGGCUUCAGCAUGACUUUGGCCACCUGUCAGUCUUUAAAAAUUCCACUUGGGAUCACUUAAUGCACAAAUUUAUCAUUGGACACCUGAAGGGGGCUUCUGCAAAUUGGUGGAACCAUCGCCACUUUCAGCACCAUGCUAAGCCCAAUAUUGUCAGUAAAGACCCUGACGUCAACAUGUUGAACAUACUGGUCUUGGGAAACAUCCUGCCUGUUGAGUAUGGGAUUAAAAAGGUGAAGCACAUGCCAUAUAACCAUCAGCAUCGGUAUUUCUUUUUGGUUGGCCCUCCCCUGCUCCUACCAUUGUACUUUAACCUGCACGUUAUUCAGACCAUGUAUUUGCAGCGGGAUUGGGUGGAUUUUGCAUGGUUUUUGUCCUACUAUGCACGUUUCUUUAUGUUUUAUUCUCCGUAUUAUGGAAUUCUGGGAUCGCUUGUGCUUAUAACUUUUGUAAGGUUUCUGGAGAGUCAUUGGUUUGUGUGGGUGACCCAGAUGAAUCACAUUCCCAUGGACAUUGACCAUGAUAAACAUGACGAUUGGCUCAGCAUGCAGUUGAAAGCUACUUGUAAUAUUGAGCAUUCACAGUUCAAUGAUUGGUUCAGCGGCCAUCUCAACUUCCAGAUCGAGCACCAUCUAUUCCCCAUGAUGCCUCGCCAUAACUAUAGCCGUGCGUCUCCUCAAGUACGAGAACUCUGUGAGAAGUAUGGAAUUCAGUACCAGGUCAAAGGCCUGUGGGAAUCCUGGUGUGACAUUGUCAGGUCUUUGAAGAAAUCUGGUGAGCUGUGGCUAGAUGCCUACCUCCACAAAUAAUCAUCUUACCUGUUGUUUAAAAUGACAUCUACAGUGUAAUAAUUCUUAAAAAACAUCUACAUUUCAACUAUAUACACAGUAGUGACAAUAAUAGGACUUUAAUUUGAUUUUAGUAGUAUGUAUUGUAAGCCUUUUUGCCUUUGAAUUUAGAUUUUAAUCUUCUCAUGAUCCAUGUCCUGUAUGCUGGAACUAAUGUAUUAUUUGUUAAUGAAUUGGGACGACAAGCCUCUCUCCAAAAACAACAUUUAUAAUACCUUUUCAUGCUCAUGUUAACAUCAGUAUUAAAAUUAUAGUGCUGGACCUCUAGAUUCAAAUGUUAUAAUAGUUUCUUAUAUUAUAAAUAAUUUUCUAAUAACAUCUUUUUCUUGAACAGUUUUUAAAUAGCACUUAAUCAUAGUAAAGCACUUAAUCAUAGUAAAACUCAUUAGAUAACAUUGAAAUUAAAUGUGCGUUGCUAAGUAAAUUUAAAACUGUCCCCCAGCAUUUGUUGUUUAUUUUAUUUUAUUACUUUAUUAUUUUUUUCAUUUUGGUUCGUCUUCUUGUGAGCAGCCUGUAGCCUACCUGUACUCAAUGAAUAUUGACACUCCAGCCACAGAGCAAUCUAAGCUAUUAUCUAAGAUGUCCAUGAGGUUCAGAGUACACGGUUUGUCCAGAGGUUUUAAAGAAGCAAUCUCAGCUGGGAAAUACAGCCUUUAGCAUCUUCCAAUACUGUCCCUUUCCCAGCUGUCUCUGCUAUCUGAUAUAAGGAGUUUGGCAUGAUUCUUUUUUCUACAAAAGGUUAAAGAAAGUCGUUUAGAGGACGCAGAGGAAGGUACUGUGUUGUAUUUCCGAUACAGCUUCUAGACAUACUGUAUGAGCGUCUUGUUAUGCUGCCAGGUGUAUCAGCCAUGUUGUAGAUCUGUCUUGCAAUCAAGCAGAUUCAGUUUUGAUGGUGAUACACAGAGUGGCAAAUAUAAAAUAGGAUGGACAAUAAUUGUUAAUAGGAAUAGGAUUAUUAUCUCUCUGUAUGCAUCUCAUUCUCUAAAUAAAUACAUUAAUUGAAUGUAUGGUCAGGUCUGAGGCUUUACUCACUUCAUCCUUACAUACAUACAUGAGGCAUUCAAAUGAAACUGUAUUAUAUAAUGAACCAUUUCUAAAAUCUUUUUUUUUUGUCAUUUCUGGGGCAUUGGAUUUUAAGUGUGUUAUGAUAGACAUAUGUAAACAUGUGGAUGAUAGACUGAAAGCCUUGAAAACUGUGAUAAGUAAAAAAUAAAACGCAAAGUGACAUCAAA